GUCCCGCGCCGAACCCGCCCGUCCUCUCCCGCUCGGACUUUCGCUUUCCCUUCCCCUGCCGGCCCCGCCGGGGUCUGCCCAGCGACCGGUGACGCCUUCGGGCCUCCGCGUCGCGAUUGGCGGGAUGCCCCCUCCCCAGCCAAUCCCUGCAGGCUGGAGGCUGCCGCGGGAGGAGCUGGCUCCGCCCCCCGCGGCGCUCUCGGGUCCCGGGGCCGCGUCCGGCCGCGCUGCGGGGGGUCCGGGGAUGGCGCUGGCGCUGCGCCUCCUGCUGCCGCUGCCGGGGCCCGAUCCCGCCUGCACACCAGGCGCGUAUUGAACACGGUGGUGUCCGAGCCCGGCCCGGGGCUGCCCUGGUUCAGCCGUGUUGGGUACGUGGACGAUCAGGCCAUCUUCGUCUACGCCGGCGGGAUGCAGAGCGUGGAGCCUCGCACAGCGUGGAUGGCGCAGAACGAGGGUCCGGAGUUCUGGGACUUUCGGCUCUUUUGGUCACGGCGCUGGGAGGCCUGGUUCAACGCGAGUGUGAACACCCAACGCUAUGGGGGGCAGGUCCCCAGCCCAGGAUGAGGCCCAGCAGCUCACGUUCCUGCAUGCCAUCUACCCCACGUGUCUCGCUGCACACCAGAGAGGGCAGGACACACUGGAGCCGCACUGCUGCAAGGUGGCUGUGGUGGAGAGGAUUGUGGAGCUCAUUGAGGAGCUUCCUGAUGACUCUCCACCCGGCGCCAUCCUGGCCAACUGCCUGAUUGCUGUGGGCAACCUCAGCACCAUGACACCCACCCUGGAGCCAGAGCUGGAGACCCACCUCCUUCGUGCUGCCCUUCAUGCCCUGUUCACCCUGAGCAUGGAGAAGGACCCCACCCAAGCCCAGGAUCUGCAUAGGGUCUUGCCAGACAUCCUGGAUGCCAUGCUGGGGAAUCUGCUGGCAGAGUCCCCAGGCACCAACAGGCUCCACUACAUCUUGGAGAAUUCAACUGUCAGCAGAUGGAUCCGACUGAAGAGGUUUCAGACCUGAGGAGGCUCUUACCUUCUCAACAGGGACGUCUGUUUUCUAUCAAUAAAUCUAUGAAAGGAAAGGAGAAAACUCUACAGAGGUUCCCCCUGGUGCUCACGUACGUGACCCCUGAUCCCCUCUCAGUCCUCACGGAGAGACCUCGAGAAGGAGACUCGCUGAAGUGAAGCCACAGGGGUCGCCGAGGUUUCCCUGGCCCCUCCCCGUCCUGCCUGGCUGAUGUCAGCAUCUGUCUGUGAGGUCACCACCUCCCCACCACCUUUGACCAAUCGUCUGAGCUCCUGCAAAAGGCCUGUGUGAUGUCACUGCCACCCCCCUCCCUUGCCGUGCUCAUGUCCUGCCACUGGCCAGACACGCUGGAGGUUGGAGCUGCUCCCUGGGGAUCGCCCCACUCAAUGAGGGUUCGUUCUAGGAACAGGGCAGGAUUGACUUUUUGUGGGCCUGGCACCAAACAUAUUUGUGGGCCCCCCUGGGGAAUGAAGAGGCCGGGGCAAGAGUACAGCGGGCAGGGUGGAUUUGAUUUAAAUCACUUGUCAGGAAGUCUCCAUUUAAUCAUGGUUUUCUACAUAAAAGUUCAUUCUUGUUGCUUGUUAUAACCUUAAUACAUAUUCUUCACAACUCAGAGUUCGAUGUAGGUUUCACUUUUAGAAGGGAAACAGUAUACAUUUUUAUACCGUGAUUUAUUUGGAAAACUUUUCAGAUGAGUUUUACAGCUAUGUCACAAAAUGAAUGCGUGUUUGGUUAUUUCAUUUACCAAAGGUAACUGACGCAGAGAUUUAUGAAGUUAUUGGGAGGUGAACUCUCUCCAA